CCCGAGAGCCGACGCUCGUCUGUCUGCCCCGCCGUCUGCUAGUGGGGUGGCAUGUUUACUUGGGUAUUUGGGCUGUCAACGAGAUUACUUGACGCUUAAAGCCCAGUUCUAGCACACUCGCAGACAGGUCAAAGACAGGCCGUGGCCAUGCUACUCCGGCGCUUGUACUCCGUGGCCGCUGUGUGCGCCAGCGCGAGUACCAGGCGCGCGGCGGGCCCAUCGUCAGUUGUCACCACUCAGUUCUGCUGCUCGUACCGCACCCACGGCAACGCGACUUCGGAGAUCAUGGCACCAGAAACUUCGUCCAUUUUUCGCCUCAGCGACUACGACUGUGUGGGUUUCGACCUGGACAACACUCUUCUCAAGUACAACAUCGCUAACAUGGUAAAGCUGGAGUACGAGAUUCUCGCCCAAUUCCUCGUCGACCAGAAAGGUUAUGAUACCACCUAUCUGCGGAAACCAUUGGACUUGGAUUUCUUGCAGAAAGGUUUGACACUUGAUUAUGAGAAUGGCAAUGUACUUCAAUUAUCCCCAGAUGGUACAAUCCACCGUGCCUCUCAUGGCACCAAGCUGCUAACUGACGCUGAGAUUGAAGACCUGUAUGGCAAGGAGAAAUACUCUCAGUUGACACAAGAGUACACACAGAAUAUGUUAGAUGCUUGGAAUGGCCCCAUCUCUGAAAAAGUUCGGUCUGUUAUGGAUCAUUUUGACGUACCUGCAUCAUUGGCGUUUGCAAGAUGUGUUGACAAUAUUGAUGCCAAUGCUGAAAAAGAAAAUAUUCCCUCUGGAAAGUACAACCUUUACCAAGACCUCACUGAUGCCCUUGUUCAUAUGUUUCAAAGAGACAACUUUGCUAACAACUCGGGUGGAUUCUUCCCUACAAUGAAGAAAAACCCAGAGCUAUAUAUGCAUCAUGCAAGUGAAAAUGUUCGAACAUGGUUGAAAGAAUUAAGAAAGCAGAAGAAAGUUUUUCUAGUUACCGGUUCACAUGUGGACUUUGCCUCCUUCACGGCCAAGUACAGUUUUGGUGAAGAUUUGAAGGACUUGUUUGAUAUUGUGGUUACCUUUGCACGCAAGCCUGGGUUUUUCACUGGACGUCGCCCAUUUGUUUCAUUAGAAAAUGGACAGGAAAAAGAUCUUGUACAGCCAGAAGACAUACAUCUUGGAAACAUUUACUCUCAAGGAAAUUGGCAAGAUUUGUAUGAACUUUUUAAGAAAGAAACUGGUAAAAAACACCCUAAGUGCUUAUAUGUUGGAGACAAUGUCCUCCAAGACGUCUUUGCUCCUGAUGAAUAUACUAGAUGCCACACUGUAGCCAUCAGUGAAGAAAUGCGAGGUGAGGGAGUUGGAAGCGACAGAACAUACCAUGAUGUACUCGCCUCAAACACAUGGGGUUCAUAUUUCUCACAAAAAGGAAAGAAGCCAUCAUUGUGGUGUGACUUAAUACAAAAACAUGCAGCUAUCUGUGUGCCAAGUGUGGAUGUGCUAGCUGAAAAACCUCUUGACUUUCAAUAUCAAACAUUUAAGUGCGCAUCUCCUGACCAAUCGCAGCCUGUAGGUUUCUUCCCUAGUGCUCCCAAGUAAAUAAUAGUAGAAUUGAAUCUUUUGAUGGCCACUUUUCCUGACUUUUAUCUUAACGUAACCCACUGCCAUUUUUUUUUGCAUUUUUUCACUCUAAAGUAAUGAUGGAAAUUCAGAUGAAGACUCUAAGAUCAAAGUUGCUGCUUUAGUAAAUAUUAAUUAGAAGACUGAAAUCUGAGCUAUCUU